UACGAUGGUAGGCCACCAGUGGGAUAGGCACUGUCCCGAAGGAGCUCGAGCGGCAUCACGCUCUUGCAUCAUGAGUGAUUUUAGAAUGGAAAUGGAGCCAAUCGAGGUAGAGGUCGAGCGUGCGCUCAUGGAGGAAGAGGAGGCAUUAUACACAGCGGUAGAAGAUGUUCUUCAAAGCAUCCCAAUCCCAAUUCCUGUGAAGAAAAAGAAGAAAAGAAAGGCAGCAACCUUUACAAUAAGGAGUAGAAAUGAGUAUGGACACCUUAUACCAAAGCGUGUCAGAAAGGUGUCCUCAGCUAUUCCAAAAUCCAGUGCACGGCACCAUUCCCGUGAAAGAUCUCAAAAUGUGGUAAUUCCAGAUCUGCCUAUGCCAUGCACUUCAGUUGAUGAAGAUAUUGACAUCCUUCAUCAAGAAGUGUCAGAAAUGUUGGCAGAUGAAGGGGCAUUGGAACUGCCCCUCCCCACUGCUUCCACAAGUUGGACUACCCGCCAGGCGAUGUGGAGACAGAAUUGGGCAUCUCUCAGGUCCGAUGCUGUUCACCACCUACUGGCUGCUGAGGAAGUCCAAGUAAAAAGGUGUCAGACUUGUCUUUCGAAAGCUGCCAUUAUACGCUGCAGAGACUGUGCGCCAAAGCAGCACUAUUGUGGUGACUGUGACCUGUUGUGCCACCAUAUGCGCCUGCACAACAGAGAAUCGGUUGUCGAGGGUUUCUACCGCCCAAUUCCCGCAACCACCAUACUCCGAAUGAACGGGGAUGAAUACAGCUAUACAGAACAGGAUUGCAUUUUGCCUCUGGAGGUGCCUGAUAUUUGCGCGUGCGAGCAAGGAAGCAUUAAAACACUGCCAUGGAAAAAGUCAAUUUUCAUUGGCAUAGAUGGUCGCUACAAUGUGUACCUACCCUCAUUUCAAUGUUCUUAUUGUAACAUUAGAAAGAACACUGACAUUGGGGCCUUAAUUGAGGGUGGGUACUGGGCUGCCACCUCCAGCUGCGAAACCGUGUACGCGAUUGACCUCUUCUCAACCUUUGAAGACUUGAAAGUGUCUGCUCCAGGCUUCUCACGGCUGGCUUUCAUUCAGCUGCUUGAGCAGAGGAGCAAAUACUUUGGCCGGUCAGGGAAAAUAUGCACGGACACGUUUCAGAAAAGUUUUUUCGAAUGGAAACGUUGUGUGUAUGACAUGGAUGAGAUCUUCCGGAGGCAAAUAUUCAAGUGCCCAGCGUGCAGUCCUAAGGCACAUGCUGUUGCGGUGGAUGGCAAUAGGAAACUGUACCGCUUUAGGAAAGGUGAUGAACAACACCGUGGCCUUUUUGAGGGACUUUUUCUAGCGAAAGAUGAAGAGGUUCAACAAUUUGUCCAGGAGGUCCAUCAGCAGACCAAGCAUGUGUCUGGCAAAGGUGUAUGCGGCAAAGGCGUUUGGGCUGCUGCAAGGGAAACGACUGUGAACAAAUCGAAAAAACUUGAUGAGGAGGGCCUGGAGGUGGCAGUGUGCCGUCACGGCAUGCUCCUGAAAGGACUGAAUAUGUUCAGGGGCGAGAUAUUUGCAUAUCCAUUGUACCUACAAAAAGAAUGCCUUCCAACUGUGUUUUUCUGCAGCGAUGUCGUAUGCAAAUAUUGGCCGUACUUAAAAAAAGUGAUUAACAAAUUCACAAACUUGGAGCACCUCUUGCAAUCAAAGCCAUUUCUAUCAAUCAUGCACGCUAAGGCGCAUUCCCUUAAGUGUGAGAUCAAUUGGGGAGGCCGAAACCAAGAUGGCGCUGGCACCACGCUUGGAGAGGAAGUUGAACAAGUAAAUAGCUUCCUCUCCAGGACAGCCAUUUGUACGAAGUACAUGGCCAAAGGAGCCAGGACAGACAUGCUGACGAUACAGGCCAUGGGUUGGAAUCUCCGAAAGAGGGAGCAUCUGGCCUCAACACUAUGCCGAAAAUAUGUUAAAACGAAAGCAAACCUUGUGGAACACAACAAACAAUUGGAGGCAUUCCAGUUGGAGAAUUCAGUGAGUGAGAACACUGUCCAGCAGUGGGUGGAGGACAUAAAAGAAUGGGCAGCUUCAGGGGAUGACGGACCACUAGACACCCUAGAAAAGAAAAUAGAGGGUCUAGCUAUGUCCUAUAAGCAGAGAAGGACAGACCUGUACCGCCUCACAGAUGGAAGCAAAAGGAGACAACCUCUCAGGAAAAAAAUGGCUGGAGAAAAGAGUCAGUUGAUUGAGGCCAUUGAAGAGUAUAACAUCACUAGGUCACCACCACUGGACACUGCAGACACCAUUCUAGCAUCUGACUCUUACAUAUGGCCAUGGGUGGUGCGAGAACAGGAGGACUUGAAAACCAAGAAAAGGGCGUUCGACCUGAAGAUGCUAAGUCUACGCUUAAAUGAAGAACAGCACAUCAUUCUGUCUGAGGUCAAACAACAUUGGCAGACUCUCAAGACCGAAGCAGCUACGUUGCAUGAGCUCUCUGCCAAUAUGAAAGACAGUUGUAAACCAGAUUCUCCAAAAGGCCUCUGUUGUUAUGUGAAAAAAAGGCUGACCUUCACCAGCUCACACAUGGCCAUGGUCCAGGAGAUGUACAGGAAAUUCCUUCAGAGUGAUGACACAACGUGGGCAGAAGAGGAGGAUGUUGAGGAGAUAGAGGACCAAGGUAGCAGCAUUUCAGAAGAGGAGGAGAUAGAGGACCAAGGUAGCAGCAGUUCAGAAGAGGAGGAUUGAAAUGUCAGCUGCCCUCAUCCCCGUUCACUCCCUCCACACCCCCACCCUCCGGACGGACACUUGCCAUGGUGCGCCCCUC